AUGGCGCCUUUGCGGCUCUCGACGCCAUCUUCCCUUCCUCUCUCUCUCCUCUCCCUCUCCCUCUCCCUCGAUGUUGUGGCGUGCCUACGGACCCAGCGUCGCCGCCUCACCGCGUGGCGUGCUGCUUGGGCGAUGGUGCCGCCGGUUUGGUGCGUGGCGGUGCACGUGGACCCCGGCGGUAGCCGUCCCCGUCACGGCACGACGCUAGAAGGCACCGUCAGUGGCCGCCAGCGUGGCUGCCCCAUGGCGCUGACUGCUCCCACUGAUUCACCAGGGCUCUCGCCUCUCGGGAGCGAUGGCGGCGCAGGUGACGCCAGGCAGGCCGAGUUCGUGCACGCGCUCAAGGCCGGCGGCGGCGCAUCCAAGGCCGACGUGGACGCCACGAUCGAGGCGCUGAAGGCGCUCAAGGUCGAGGCCGGCGCCGCCGCGCGCUGGCUGCAGCAGGCGCUCGGGGCGGCGGGUGGCGCGGCGAGGGAGGACCUGCGGCAGGCCUUCUUCUUCUCCGGCAGCGACUCCGUCCGGCGGCUGGCCUAG